CCAAGAGUUCAUGAAACUGGGCCUGCAAGGCGUGUCCAUCGUCGUGCCUCCGGCGACUCCGGCGUGCAGGGCCGCGGCGGCUCGCCCACCCCCAGCGGCUGCCUCGGCAAAGAUAACAAGGUCUUCGCCCCGGAUUUCCCAGCAACAUGUCCCUACCUCACCACGGCGGGAGGCACAUACCUGCCCCCCGGGGCCGACGUCCACGCCCACGCAGAACAAGCAACAACCAGCUUCCCGUCCGGCGGCGGGUUCAGCAAUAUCUACCAACGACCAGACUACCAGAACGCUGCCGUCGAGGAAUACUUCAAGACCGCCCAGUUGUCCUACCCGUACUACGAAAGCGUCGAUAACAGCAGCUUUGCCGCCAACGGCGGAAUCUAUAAUCGCAUCGGCAGGGCUUAUCCCGACGUUGCUGCUAUUGCGGAUAAUGUGCUGGUGUUUAAUAAGGGGUUGCCGACGUUGGUCGGGGGCACGUCUGCCGCGGCGCCGGUCUUUGCGGCCCUGUUGACUAGGAUUAACGAGGAGAGACUGGCUGCUGGGAAGAAGACGGUCGGGUUUGUCAAUCCCGUAUUGUAUGCUAAUCCCGAGGUGUUCUUUGAUGUGACGAAGGGGAGUAAUCCGGGCUGUGGCACGGAUGGCUUCCCAGCUACGAAGGGGUGGGAUCCGGUUACUGGCUUGGGACGCCGAAUUAUCCGAAGUUGUUGGAGUUGUUUAUGGGAUUGGAUUGAGGUUGUUGAUAUCAAGGUUAUAUGGAUGUACCGUGUUAAUUGUAUGGACUAG